CAGGAUCCUCAACGGCUGUCAUUGCUCUGGCACUGCGUUGAAACAGAUGGAUCCCUCAGACAACGCCACCACCAACGGGGUCUCGUUCGUGCAGGCGGACCCCCAGGGGGGGUCCCAGCCGGACCAAAGCAACGGAAACGAGUACCUGUACAUCCUGAUCGUCAUCUCCUUCUACGGCGUUUUCCUUUGCGGCAUCAUGCUUGGCUACCUCCGCUCCAAGAGGCGGGAGAAGAAGAGGACCAAUGUGUUCACGCGUCUGAUCCAUGAGGAGGAGCAGCGGGAGUGGGGCGCCUGGCCGCGGAGGCGCAGCAUCCCGCUGUCCUUCCCGGGGCUCUACGGCGCGCAGGUGCAACAGCACGUGCUGCCCUCCUCUCCAGAACACCUCCACCACCACCAGCACCAGCACCACCCGCAGGGGGGGGUUGUGUUCGAGGGGCGGGCCCUGUCCCCGCUGGCCUGCGCCCUGUGCCUGGAGCAGAGCAGCAUCAGCUCCCUCUGCUCCUCCGCUGACGUGCACUUCGCCAUCGAGGAGGAGUCUGACAGCGCGGCCACGGAGGACUCUGAGGAGGCCCCCAAGGGGUUCCAAAAGGGCUGCCUGGAGAGCAUGGACGACUCGUGACAGGCAUACGCAAGACGCGUAAUGGACUAAACAGAGUUCAGAGACACGGGAUUGUGAGUGCCUCCCACUCUACUUCCAAAAAAGACAGAAGAAAUCUGAAGGUCUGAUUGGUUCUGGGAUGACCA